AUGGAUUUCGGAAAUCAGAUGCAUAAGAUGAUUUAUAUUUACCCAAUAGAUCAAUGUAAAGAUUUCAACCCCAAACCUCAGAACUGUGAGGUAGAUAGUGUGAGCACUCGAGCACUCGUGCUGCCGCUGCAGUCUUCCUCUUCACUACAUUUCAUGUUUGCACAUCAAUGUGAUGUGGAGCUGGAUCCUCUCCUGACAUUUACAGUCAUGCCACAUAUAGAGACAAGAAAACCAUUCUCACUAACAUUUACACUGUCGCUGGAGAAGAACCUGAAACCGCAACGCCUGCACAGACGCCAGAAGGCCUGUUCUUCACAUUCAGAGCUCUGCAACUUCACAGAGCACAUCCAUCCCAUCCAUCAGUUUGCAGGCGGGAUGGUGGCGGGAGAAGUUCAGAGACUGCCAGACGGCAAACGCCACCAACGGCGGCUCUCCAAGACACCUCAUCCGGACCGGAGAGCAUCACCGGGGAGCCGCAAGAAGCUCCAAGUCAUCAUUUGUGUUCUGCUGGUGGAGCUGUGUGAAAGAUUCACAUUUUUCGGCAUUGUAUGCAACAUGAUUCUCUUUUGCACCGUGAAGCUGGGCUACGACAACUACAUGGCUGCCACGGUCAACUUGUGCUUCAUAGGGGCCAGCACCCUCACCCCUGUGCUGGUUGGCUGGUUCGCCGAAACCUGCCUAGGAAGAACCAAGGUGCUCUACGUGUGCACUUUCCUCCAUUUCUUUGGCACGGCCAUGUUGCCUGUGGUCGCGUUCCCUUUCGAAGAUUUUUACACGGACACUCAUCACAUGAGUCACAAGUUGGAACCUCAAGAGCAGCAGGCCCUGUUCUACACCGGCCUCCUGGCUGCCGCGCUGGGCAUUGGCGGCAUCCGGGCCAUCCUGUGCCCCUUGGGAGCAUACAGCCUGCAGAACUACAAUCAAUACCAGCUACUGGGCUUCUUCAACUGGUUCUACUGGUUGGUUAACCUGAAUUCCACUGUUGUGUUUCUGGGUAUUGCUUACAUCCAGCAAUCUGUGGCCAAAAAUCUGGGUUUCCUAAUCCCCUUUACGUCUGCACUGCUGGCACUCAUUGCCAUACACAUGAUGCGCAACAAACUCACCUACAAACCCAAGAAAGGCGGAUCCUUACUGACGACGCUUGGAGUUUUCUUGAACUCCCUCAAGAUGUGCUGCCUUCACUAUCGCCACCUCAGCGGAGAUGUGCCAUCUUGGUUGGACCGGGCGAAGGAGAACAACGGCGGCCGGUACAGCGAGACUCACGUGGAGAACGUCAAAGUCUUGGCCAACCUCUUCCCUCUUUAUGGACUCCAACUGCUCUACAGAGCCUGUGUCACUCAGAUCCCCUCGGGAUACUACAUCCAGACGAUGAACUCCAACCUUCACCUGAGUGACGUCCUGUUGCCCAUCGGCGCCAUGAACGUCAUCAGCAUUUUACCUCUGCUCGUAUUGGCCCCGCUGAUUGAGUGCGUCAACAGCUGCUCGCUCUCCAUGGCAAAAACUCCACUCGCGCCCACAAGAGUCAUCACUCUGGGACACGCGUGUGCAGCUCUGUCCGUCCUGGCGUCGGGUUUAUCUGAGCUGCACAGGAAGGCUUUCCCCCUGGUGGAGCAAAGCCUCUCCGGGAAGGUUCUGCAAGUAUCGUCCAUGCCGUGUUUCCAGCUGGCUCCGCAGUACAUCCUACUCGGACUGGCUGAGGCUCUGGUCACUCCGGCAUGUUCCCUGAUCUCUUUCCAGCUGACCCCCAGACACAUCCGAGGAAUCUCGCUGCACUUUCUCACACUGUCCUACGGGGGAGGCUGCUUCCUAGGAGCCAUCUGCAUUCAGUUGGUCUACUUCGUGUCUGGAGGUUCCUUUUAUCCAAGUGUCCUGCAUGACGGGAAUCUGGAGAGAUUCUUUUUCUUAAUGGCCACGCUGAUGGCGAUGAAUACUUUGGUGUAUUGGAGUAUAUCACACAGGUACAUGGAUCUGAGCGCGCGGGGUAAAGCGCUGACCGUCAGCCCACUCGCGGAGAAGCUUCUUCAGUACAAAGGAUGCCUGCGGUACUAUGACACCAUGGACCAGUCGUACACAAACAAGUCCUGCGACUCCAUCAUCUGACAGCCUUUCAAAGUCACCUCGACGCUCUGCUCGCUGCUGCUGUCAACUCGAAUGUACUUUGGUCGUUUUGUCAUGAUUUGCCGAGAACUGUGGGCUGCGUAUUGUGUCUUAGGGCUACAUUUGUAUAUUCAAAUAAGAGUAUGCUGUAUAUAAAACUGCUACUAUAAAUAGCAUAGAACAAUAAAACAAAAUAUGA